AUGUCUUUUAAGUCACUGUGUUUGAAAUACUUUGGAAGUAGUGAUUUUUACGAAGUACUCGGUGUGGAGUCAUCAGCUUCAGAGAAAGAGAUUAAAAAAGCCUACCACAAAUUGUCCCUCCAGGUGCAUCCUGACAGAGUUGAUGAAGACCAAAAGGAAGUUGCCACAGAGAAAUUCAAAGUUUUGGGAAAGAUACAUGCAAUUCUUCAGAAUAAGGAGCAGCGUAGAGUAUAUGAUGAUGCUGGAGAAUUUGAUGAAGAAAUGGACUCCACAUUCAACUGGAUGGACUACUGGAGUAAGCUGUUCAAACCAAUUGAGAUCAAGGAUAUUGAGAACCAUGAAAAGGAGUACAUUGGCUCAGAAACAGAACGUCGUGAUAUAAAGAAGGCAUAUGUUAAUAGCAAAGGUGAUUGGAACAAAAUAUUGGAGAUGGUUCCCUUCAGCAAUUGUGAGAAUGAACCUAGAAUAAGAGAAAUAGUACAAGAAAUGGUAGACAGCGGAGAUGUUGAAAGCUUCAAACAGUUCUUCAAUGAAAACAAAGCAAAGACACUCAGAAGACACAAGAAAUGGGAAAAGGAGAAGAAAGAAUUGGAGAACAUCAAAAUGGAGGAUAUUGAAAGAGAGAUGCACGAGAACAUGAAGAAAAGAGCACAAAAAUUCUCUGAUCUUUUGAGCAACUUGGAAGAAAAAUACGCACCUCCAAACAAGAAACAAAAAAUGGCAAUCACCAACAGAGAAUCUAGGCCAAGAAGAACUAAAAAGUAG